UGUUGCCAUAGUGCUGAGGAGGGGAAAAAAAAGAGAGAGGGAAGGAGGAGGAGGAGGAGGAGGAGUGAGGAGAUGCGUGGAUCCCGCUGCUGAGUGCACACCCAGCCCCCAUCACACGCAGACGAGAUGUCUCUCUACGACGUGGAGCACACGCUCUCAGCUCUCUGCUCCUCCAUCCGCAGCGGCAUCAAGGACCUUGAGUGAGAUGGAGAGGUCUGCGCAGGCCUUCGCCCCUCCUCACCUCUGGUGUAACAGCUCCAGUGCCAAACUGCUGCGUCCCUGAUCUUUACUGCAGCCGUAUACUGUACGCUCUCCAGUGCUACCCACCUACUCACCGUCCCCCACGCCAGAGAGCAGCCACCGUGGAGCCGCAGCAGAGGUCCCCAGACAGCAGCAGUGAGGAGUGCACAGUGCUGGAGGCUCUGCCCAACAAGAUGGCACUGCCCACCUGCGCACAGCACCAGCACAAGGAGGUGGAGCUGUACUGUGUGGCAUGUGCUGGGCCUGUGUGUGAGGACUGUGUGAGGGGUGAGCACGCCGACCACACCACAGAGCCCCUCUCCGUCGCUGUAGAGAAGCUACGCCUCACGCUGCAGGAGAGAGUGACCGCUGCCACAAAUAGACUGCCACAGAUCGCCGUGGCACGGCAGUCACUGAGAGACAUCCUGCAGCAGCUCAGCGGUCAGAGGAGCUCCAUCGAGGAGGACAUCCAUUCCGCCUUCGCCGAGCUCCACAAGACGCUGGACGUGCGCAAGAGUGUGCUGCUGAUGGAGCUGGAGGUCACCUACACCCUCAAGCAGAAGAUUCUUCAGGCCCAGCUGGAUGCCCUGGUGCAGGGCGAGGAGAGCAUCACCAGUAGCCGCAGCCUGACCGAGCAGGCCCUGGACGGGGGCAGCGACGCAGCCGUGCUCCUGGCACACGGUGCCGAGGCUGAGAGGCUGAACGAGCUGGCCAGCCAGGGCCUGCCCCUGCAGCCAGAGGAGAAUGACCAGCUGGACCUGUACAUGGAGUCGGAGGAGCUGAAGAAGUCCAUCCACAACCUGGGCACCAUCGUCACCACCAGCGCCGUGGCCAGCCAGACCGAGGCGUCUGGCGAGGGCCUGGAGCAGUGCGCCAUAGGCAUCCCAACCUCCGUCACCAUCGUGACGCGCGACAAGGCCGGCGGGCUGUGCAAGGCCGGGAACGCGGUGAUUUCGGCAGAAGUCUUCACGCCGGACGGUAGCAUCGCCGACGGGGAGAUCCUGGACAAUAAGAACGGGACGUACGACUUUGUCUACACCAUCCAAAAAGAGGGCAACUUCAGCCUGGCCGUGAGACUCUACGACCAGCACAUCAAGGGAAGCCCCUUCCACCUGCGGGUGACCAGCUCCCCCGACGACUCACAGGUCCUCUCCACGCCGUCCUCCGCGGCCAACGCCGGCUCGUCCGGCUCGUCAGGCGGUGCCAAGCGGCGCGGCGCUAAGUCCCCAGGGUCGGGGAGUCGCAGUCGACAGAGAGGGGUGCGGCGGGCAGGGAGCAUGUUCAGCACCCCAAAGAAGAAGGCCAACCCCAUAGAGGACGACCUCAUUUUCAAAAUAGGAACAAAAGGGAGAAAUAAAGGAGAGUUCACCAACCUGCAAGGAGUGGCUGCAUCCGCCACAGGAACCAUCCUCAUCGCAGACAGCAAUAACCAGUGCGUGCAGGUAUUUUCCAAUGAAGGGGUGUUCCAAAACCGCUUUGGGGUACGAGGGCGGUCGCCAGGACAACUGCAACGGCCUACAGGAGUGGCAGUCCAUCCCAAUGGUGACAUCAUCAUCGCUGACUAUGACAACAAGUGGGUCAGCAUCUUCUCCAGCGAAGGGAAAUACAAGGGUAAACUGGGCUCCGGGAGGUUGAUGGGUCCAAAGGGGGUCUCUGUGGACAAUAAUGGACACGUCAUCGUAGUGGACAACAAGGCCUGCACCGUCCUCAUCUUCCAGACCAGCGGCAAGCUCGUCGCCAAGUUCGGUAGCCGUGGAAACGGAGAUAAACAGUUUGCAGGACCACACUUUGCUGCAGUCAACAGUAACAAUGACAUCAUCAUCACAGAUUUCCACAACCAUUCUGUAAAGGUGUUUAAUACAGACGGAGAGCUGCUGCUCAAGUUUGGCUCGAACGGUGAGGGGAACGGGCAGUUCAAUGCUCCGACUGGUGUUGCAGUAGAUGCCAAUGGGAACAUCAUUGUGGCCGACUGGGGGAACAGCAGGAUACAGGUGUUCGACAGCAGUGGCUCUUUCCUCUCCUACAUCAACACAUCGGCUGACCCCCUGUAUGGUCCCCAGGGCCUGGCGCUCACCUCUGAUGGCCAUGUGGUGGUCGCCGACUCUGGGAACCACUGCUUCAAGGUGUACCGCUACCUACAAUAAACAACCCGGGAAGCAUUUCUACCCCAACCAGACCCAAGGUGCACCCCACCACCCGCUGUCUAUGGCAAACUGGAAGUUUCUCAAAAUGGAACUAAAACAGAAAUCGGCUCCAAAGGAGCUUUUGUUUAGGGCCCCCUCUCACACACCACUUCCUGUACUAAAAAAAAGAAGAGAUUUUCACUGGGUUGUGCCUCCUCUCCCCCUAAGGCAGUCUUCAUCGCCUAGGGCAUUUCAUCUCAAAACAGACAACUCAUUUUGCAAAGUGCCAUCCCCAUUACCAAGUACACCAGAAUUUUACUUCAGAAUGGGCAUGUCUGGAAUGUCUUCAUCUUGUAAUGCAAAAAGGGAAUGUUUCAUUCUUAACUGCUUACUGAAGAGUUUUAUUUAGGCCUUUGGGUGCCUAGUACAAAAACAUGUUUGACCCUGGUUUAUGUCAUAGAGAAGAGAACUAGAAAUACCGUGUAGUGGUGGUAUGCCUUCAUGCAGCCCUUAAUUUGAGUGGCGAGGCAUUUAUAUGCAUUAUAGAGUGGUAAGGAUUUUAACCAGUUGAUUUAGUCCAAGUGAAUGUUCAUACUUGAACUAAGUAUGAACAUACCAAAUUUGAAGAACGUGCCACAAGGCAUUCUUGAGAUAUUGUGUUCACGGGACAUAGAUGUUGUCAGAGUGACCUUGAACUUUGACCUUGGACUUCCACAAUCAAAUCAAUUCAUCUUAGAGUCCAAAUAAACUUUCGUACAAAAUUUGAAACAUGUGCCUCGAAGCAUUGUUGAUAUAUCACGUUUACAAGAUCAGGACUGACAGACGUAUG